GGAGACUUUCCCCCCCCCCCCCCCCUUGUGGCUUAUACAUACACCUACGGAGGCUACCGAGUAGGUGGAUUUCUAGGAGAGAUCAGUAAUGGCAUCAGAAAGACUGGAUGCUCCAGAGCUUCCUGACUUUACAAUACUAAAGAGGCUGGCACGGGACCAGCUUAUUUAUCUUCUAGAGCAGCUUCCAGGAAAAAAAGACUUGUUUAUUGAACCCGAGUUGAUGAGCCCAUUAGAUCGGAUUGCAAACGUCUCGAUAUUAAAGCAACAUGAUGUGGACAAACUGUAUAAAUUGGAGAACAAACCCAUUUAUUCCAAUUCUGAUCAGUUGUGCUUUCUGAUCAGACCACGUGUCAAGCAUGUAAAGUAUAUUGCCAAUCUUGUCAAUGCAGAUAAAAAAGGGGGUGUGAGCAGGAAGUACAAGAUCAUCUUUAGUCCUCAGAAGUUUUACACAUGUGAUAUGAUUUUGGAGCAGGAAGGAGUUUAUGGCGACGUAACCAGUGAUGAAUGGUCUUUUUAUCUUCUCCCAUUGGAUAAUGAUAUCAUCAGUAUGGAGCUGCCAGAAUUUUAUCGGGACUACUUUCUUGAGGGAGAUCAACGAUGGGUUGGAACUGUGGCGAAGGCUCUACAUUUACUGAAUUCUAUCUUUGGACCAAUGUCAAAAGUGUAUGGGAUAGGAAGGUGUGCUAAGAUGGUGUAUGAAAUGUGGAAAGAGCUCCUUGAAGAUGAAGAAGGUGUUCAAAAGGAGAGAAAACCAGAUCUGGGACUUGUCUUCAUGAUUGACCGAGAUGUGGACUACAUUACCACCCUGUGCUCUCAGGUUGUAUAUGAAGGACUUGUUGAUGAUAUCUUCCGAAUUAAAUGCGGCAGUGUGGAGUUUGGGCCUGAUGUGACCUCAUCUGAAAAAAGUGUGAAAAUUCUUCUAAAUUCUCAGGAUAAGGUAUUUGAAGAAAUUCGUAAUGAGCAUUUUUCCAAUGUGUUUAGCUUUCUGAGUCAGAAAGCCCGCAACCUGCAAACCCAGUACGAUAAACGUAGAGGAAUGGACAUCAAGCAAAUGAAAACUUUUGUUGCCCAGGAAUUGAAAGGAUUAAAGCAAGAGCAUCGCAUGCUGAGUUUACAUAUCGGGGCCUGUGAGUCUAUCAUGAAGAAGAAAACCAAACAGGACUUCCAGGAGCUAAUGAAAACCGAACACUCAUUACUAGAAGGAUUUGAAAUUCGAGAAUGUAUCAAUUUAAUAGAAGAACACAUCAACAGACAGAUUUCGCCCAUUGAAAGUUUACGUUUGCUUUGUCUGCUGUCACUCACAGAAAAUGGUUUAAUAGCAAAAGAUUACAGAUCUUUGAAGACUCAAUACUUACAGAGCUACGGCCCUGAGCAUCUGCUGACAUUUUCCAAUCUGAAACGCGCCGGCCUGCUCAUUGAGCAAGCUCCAGGAGAGACUCUGACUGCUGUGGAGAGCAGAGUGAGCAAACUGGUCACAGACAAAGCUGUGGGAAAGCUUACUGAUGCUUUUUCAUCUUUGGCAAAAAAGAGCCAUUUCAGAGGGAUCAGCAGAAAGCUGGGACUAAUUCCUCGUGUAGAUGGAGAGUAUGACUUGAAGAUCCCAAAGGACAUGGCCUAUGUUUUCAGUGGUGCUUACACACCCUUAAGUUGCAAAAUAAUAGAACAAGUUUUAAUACGUAAAGGUUGGACAGGUCUUGACGAAGUGAUGCGUCUACUUAAUAGUACUGAAUUUUCAGAGCAACUCACGGAGAGAAAUUCUUUAGCGGAUUCUCAUAGGACCAUUGUUGUGGUUUUCCUUGGAGGAUGCACAUUUUCAGAGAUCUCCGCUUUGAGAUUUCUAGGAAAAGAAUUAGGAUACAGAUUUGUCUUUCUAACCACAGCAAUUACCAAUGGGGCACGUCUACUGGAAUCAAUGACAGAGACCAAGUCAUGAGCUGUCAGUGUUGCCCUUCUUGUCUACACUCUAUAAUGGUGGCAAUUGUCAGACAAUGGGAUUUAUCUUACAAACUAAAAGCUUUGGUGAAUCAAAAAUGAUCAUUCCUAGAAAUACUUCUUCUAGUGCUUGUUGAAGGAAGUAUGGGAUCAGAGCAACAGAGAGAUGACGCACUGUCUUACAUAAUGACUAUAGGGAUUCAUCUGUUUGCUGACAGAAAUUGCCUUUUUAUUCCAAUUUUCACUGGAUGAAGCAUUAUUAUUAGAAUUAUUAUUAUUAUUAUUUUUUUUUUGCUAGUCCUUUAGAAUUCUUGUAAAUUGUUUAAAGGCCUUUUUGUGUUCUAUAUUGCCCAAUAUUGUUCUCAUGUGCCAGUGGACCACUCAGGUAAGUGCAGGUAAUGACAGCACACAUAAAUCAUUGUCUCUAUAACAUCCCUUUUUCCAAUUGCCAAAAAUAUUUGGGGAACACACCGUUGCCAAUCAAAACAAUCCCUCAUUGCCCAUCAAGAAUGAAAGCUUGUUUAUUUAGUUUUCUUUGGCUUAUAAUGCAGUAAAUUAAUAUAUAAGAGGAAAAUAAAUCAAUUGCAAAAGAAAAAAAAAAGAAUAUACAGUAGAUAUUUUAAUGUAGUUAGGUUAAUGAAUGAAAUAAAAAAGAAUGGUAAUUAGACACUGUAUACAUUGCUUCAGGUAAUUCAUAUACCUGAUGUUAGGUGGUCAAAGAAAUAAUGUAAUUAAAAUUUGUACAUAUUUAAGCUUUUUAAUACAACUAAAUGUUUGUGAAAGAAUGUUCUUUUGUCAAACAUUGGGUAAAAGCAACCUUAUGGAUGCCAAAAGUCUCAGCUCCAUCAUGUGCUGGGUGAAAAUGUCACCCAACAAGUUCGUUGGGCCUCUGUAAGUAAUUUCCGACAUUUUAUUGGGAAGAACAGUGCUGCAUGCUGCUGUAUGUUCAUCAGUCUGAUAGAACUGUCAAUAGAGGCGCAGAAUGGACCCUCUGACGGAAGGGUGUACAAGUUGUUAAAAAUAAAUAAAUAAAAGGUGAUAGCCACUUUAAAGGGGUAUUC